AUGAAGAGAUGUCUUCUGUGCCCUGAGGAGCAAUACUCGAGCCACAGCAGAGACCGCUGCCUGCCCAGGACAGAGAUCUUCCUGGCCUUUGACGAACCACUGGGACUCGCUCUGGCCUCGGUGGUGCUCUUCCUGGCUGGUCUGGCUCUGCUGGUCCUUGGAGUGUUCCUGAAGCACCGAGACACACCUGUGGUCAGGGCCAACAACCGAGCUCUCAGCUACUUGCUCCUGGCCUCCCUGGCCCUGUGCGCCCUCUGUCCCUUGCUCUUCCUUGGCCGUCCCACUGCGGUCACCUGCCUCCUGCGCCAGACCACCUUUGCUGUGGUGUUCACCGUGGCGGUCUCCUCCAUUCUGGCCAAGACCCUCACAGUGGCCCUGGCUUUCAGGCUCACAAGACCAGGGGACAGGGUCCACGUAUUCCUGGGACCACAGGCCUCGACUUCAGUGGUCCUUGUCGCUUCCUUCACACAGGUCAUUCUCUGUGGCGUGUGGCUGGGCACCUCCCCUCCAUUCCCAGACAGGGACAUGGUCACUGAGCCCAUCCACAUUGUCGUCCAGUGCCAGGAAGGCUCUGGCACUGCUUUCUCAUGUGUGCUGGGGUACCUGGGCUUCCUGGCAGGGGGCACCUUCUCUGUGGCUUUCCUGGCCAGGGGCCUGCCGGAUGCCUUCAACGAGACCAGGUUCAUCACCUUCAGCAUGCUGCUGUUCUGCAGUGUGUGGACAGCCUUCCUGCCCCUGUACCACAGCGCCCGCGGCAAGUCCACUGUGGCUGUGGAGGUCUUCUCCAUCCUGGCCUCCACCGCAGGGUUGCUAGGUGGCAUCUUCAUCCCCAAGUGCUACGUCAUCCUGCUGAAGCCCGAGCAGAGCACCUCUGCCUGGGUGAGGCAGGGACUGUGGGCUCGGCAGGAAAGACCGACUGAGGCUCUCCAGAGAAGCCUUCCUGUGUCCAUGGCACAAGGCCCCAGGAUGCAGUCCUCGUGGAAGACAUCAGGAUCACAUGGCUGGGCUCACUGUUACUGUGGGGGUGAAAAGAAGGUUGAAGCACAUGGAGCAAGAGGCCAACGCCUGCUGUGUCCAGACGGUGGACAUGUGGAAGCUCAUGACUGUUCUCUUUGUAUGCAUGCUUAG